AUGGGCGAGGACGAGGUCGCUGCGGAUUGCGCCAUCACGGAGUUCGACGACUACAAGUACAGCUGCGGCAUCUGUGAAGAGGAGGAUACAGCAGCAAACCUACCGUUUUGUUGGAGAGGGUUGUGGUUGCACGGCAAAUGUCAGGCGGGGAGGCGCGCUCAUAACUACUAUAUUCGUGAUGCGCCACAAUCGGUGCAUGAUGAAAUAGAAACGGAGUUUACCGAAGAUCCUCCGGCCUGGAGGAAGAGGAUGCUAGUGUGGGUGCAGCCAGAUAUGAAGUCGAGAAUGAAAGCUCGGGCAGACGCCUCCAGUCGCCAGGUGGCCUCCGUGAAGUCCUCAGAGACCAAGAGCUCCAACAAGCGCCUCGAUGAUAUGAUGGAGUUGUCGCUGGUUCAAUUCCAGUCGUGGAACGGCUUCUGGAAUCGCAAGAGCGACGCAGAGUCACAGGCGGAGUUCAUCCAGAAGCACAAGGAGCAGAAGGGCGCCUUCGACGAGAAGGACGAUCACGGGAGGGUCAUAGAAGAGAAGAUCCAGGUCAAGGACAUAUCUCGGACAAGGUCGUCCAAAGGUACUGUCGACAGGGAGGCAGUCGUCGAGAAGGUCGUGGAGGACGACAACGAGGGUUUCCAGUCCAAGAAGCGGAGGCUCAUGAUGAAGCAGACGGUGCAGGCGGCGAACAGCGCGUGGAAGGGGUCCUCGACAAGCAGCGGCAUGUUGUCGAAGGGUGCUCCCUCUCCGGGACAGAACCAGGCAGCCGUUCAUCAAGGUUCUGGCCCGCCGUCGUGGACUAUUCCGCCGUCUUCAGCUCCAGGUUCCGAUGGAACGUUGGAUGCUCCGACCCUCCCUCAGAGGCAGCCUUCGCCAGCGCGUUCAGUGAGGUCCGAGCUCAGCCAGGGGCAAAGUGCGUCCAAGAGGGGCGCCAAGAAGGCCAAGUUCAGCAUGAAGCCAAACGUGAACAUCGAUGAUCAGACUCGGGAGCGCAUCGUGCCGUCUGCUCCAGGGGUCGAGAAGCUAGAGCCCGCUGAGUUCAUGCAGCUGAAGCAGAUGUGGGUGCUGAUGGCCGCACACGUGGUGAAGGGCUUCAGGGAGCCGACGAACGGAUACAUCAAGCAAUUGAAGUCGGCGAGCCACGGCAUCUCAGCCUCCCAGGAAACGGAUUUGACGAUGCCCACGGCCAAGCUCAUCGAGCUGCUCGAGGGGGCGUGCAAUGACGUGACGAACAAUUCGGAUAAGAUCGAGAAGGAGUGCACGAAGGCCGACUUCUGCAAGAUAGUUCUUCUCCUGCACGCGCGAAUGAACGAGCUCGACGGGCAGAAGAAACUAGUUCAGAGUCACAUCACGGGGCUGAGUUUCGUGAGCUCCAAGACGAAUCAUCAGAACUCGGUGGCCUACAUGACGCACUACAACAAGAGGGGGCAGGUCACCAAGAGACUGACCAAGGGCUCGUACGACAAGAUCUUGGGCGACGGCCUGUCGAGAGUGCUGUACGCGGGCCGUGGCGAGGCCGAGAAGGAGGCCAUGCAGGUCACGACCAGUGAGAGCGGCAAGGGCAAAAAAAAGAAACCGAUGAUCCUGCAGGGGGUCAUCAACAUCAACGCGGACUACGACGAGAAUAAGAUCUGCCUGUGGAACUCCGAGGCCCACGAGAUCUACACGGACGUCCAGGGCUACUUGACGAAGUUGGGCGACCUCGUCACCGCUAAGGCUGGUGUGCACGAGACUGCAUUCAAGGAGAGGGGCGAGAAGUGGCUCAGGUGCCUCGGCCGCAUCAGCUCAGAUAUACCAGAAUAUGCCAUGAAGACCUUCGCCGACGACCUCGUCAACUUCAACGCGGGCGCAUUUUCACCGUGGUUGUGCACGUGCCGCGCCGACUCCCUGAGGUACGGGCCCGCGGCGUGGCCGUUGAUAGGGCACGCCGCCCUCGCAGUGCCGACCUGCGACGACAUGCACUUCAUGAUGGUUCCAGUGGAGGCGGUGCUCGCCAACGGGAUCGCGCUCGGCGAUUUCCUGAAGUUCUGCGAGACCGACGAGGGCGCGAAGGUGCUCGGCGACGCCUUCUACGUGAGCGCGAAGGCCAAGGACGUGAUCUACAUCCCGUUCGGCAUGCUCUGCGUGCCCCUCUUUUUCCCGCCGACGCCGGCGACGGUGAGCGGCAAGAACGUCCAGCUGCUGCUGGGCAACGUCCUCGUGCUUCCCUUGAUGCACAAGGGGCGCGUCGAGGCGACCGACUCGACGACGGUUCAGGCCAUCAAGACAUUCAACAUGGGGUACCUCUCGAGCCAGUCGGGGGGCAUGUACAAGGAUCGCAAGGCGGGGCUCGAGGCAUUCCACUCCUAA